CAAACUUUCAAAUGGCUAAGGCAGGAUGAAUCACGAGCAAUUGAAAUUGUUCAGGUAGUCACCUUCACCGAAUCCGAUCCAAUUCAUAAACGCGCUAAUAUCUGUAGCUGUUUCCUGUUAAUCACACGGUUUCUUCCCUUUCCCGUCUCCCCUAAGAAAUAUUUAAAUGAUCAUCACAUAUCACAAGCCCCACCACCACCACCACCACAACCUCCUCCUCCUUUUGCCCCUUCUUCUUAACUUCUUUAAUAACCCUUUUAUACAAAUAACAUAUCAAACAUGGAAUCAACUUCUCUAUUCUUGUCAUCUUCUCUUAUUUAUCAACCACUGCACAAACUGAAUCUUGAAUCUUCAAAAAGGGUACGUUUCAGACCUUCAAGGACUAGAGUUUUCGCGGCGGUGGGAAGAGAUCAAGCACACGGUCAUGAUCAGAGCUACAAUAACGCCUGUGGCAGGCUGGUGGAUGUGAACAUGAUUGUUCUUAGGAAAAGAAUACAUGAAAUGAAGAUGGUUGAGAGAAACUAUGAGCCUCCUUCGGAUUGGAUGGAGUGGGAGAAGCAAUAUUUUGCAAGCUAUGAUUCCUUAAUAUGUGAAAUGGCGGGUGUUCUGCAAUCACUGUUGAUGAAUACAAGGCCUGGUUUUGCAUUGGGGAUGAUGGGUUUGAUUGCUUUGAGUGUGCCUGUGUCAUCAGCUAUGGUGCUUUCUCAUUUUUUGGAGAUGGCUAAGAUGGUUAUGGAUGGGAUUAAUCACCUUACUUAAUUAGCUUGUUUAAUUAUGAAAGUUUAUUCAUUAUUUUGUUAAUAUGUGAAAUCAUAAGAUAUAUCUCAGAAUUUAUUAUUAGUUUA